GUAUAUACGAAAAUCUUGUGCUUAACAAAACGUCCUAUACAUCUUUAUAUAAGUAACCUACCCUAGAAGCAUGCGCAAGGAAUCAGGACUCGUAGUUCAACUUAGAACGCACAAAGCCAGUUUCCGUUAGGGUGUUGCAAGGGUGGGUUGUUACGAUGACUGGAGUGGAUGAAAUCCUCAAUUACCAAAAAAAUCCAGACGACGAUUUUUACGGGCUGCUAGGAUGCGACGAAAGCUCCACGGUGGAACAAAUAAAUGCAGAAUAUAAAGUGCGAGCCUUGCAAUACCACCCUGACAAAAAUGCUGGAGAUAAAGAUGCUGAAGCCAAGUUUCAAAAACUGAAGGAAGCAAAGGAGACACUUUGUGACCCCUCAAAGAGGGCCUUGUAUGACAAGUGGAGGUUGAGUGGAAUCUCAAUGGGAUACAAACAGUGGUUUGGUAUGAAAGACCACAUUCAACAGUCUAUGCAUUGGUCCAAGCCUAACACCAAGGAUCGUAUGUUGGAAGAUGACUCUGGUCGUAGCUCUGGACCUUCCAGCCUGGGGCCAAGCAAUGCUGCUGCCAGGCGAGCCUCUGAAGGAGGCGCUAAUCUUUGGGGACGCUGGGGAGGUGGAAACCAAGAACCACCAACUGAAGUUAUCUCUAAAUUCCGCAAUUAUGAAAUCUAAAUAUCCCCAGUUUGAUCAUGUUACCUAUUACCAAUGGUAAUUCUUCUACACAAUAUGGCUUGCCAUUUUAACUUUUGUUUAAUGUAAGUAGAGUUAGUAAAUAACCGUAGUAUAUUUAUCAGGUCAGCUCAAUAAUUAAGCGUUCUCGAAUGUAACUUGAUGAUUGGUGUUUAAUGUUUUAUUAAAUGUCGGUGUUAGCUGGCCCCAUUAAAAUGUUAAAUGUAGACUUCCUUUAGCUUUAAUCUGUGCACAUUCCUAACAAAUAUGAGUCUGAUAAUGACAUUUCAGAUAUAGUACAAUAUGUAUUCUAAGAAUCUAUUUUAUAUUUUGAGAUCUUAUAUUUUUGAUCCUCUUUUAUCGCUGCAAUGUUUUUAUUGUAUAUUCCUACUGAUUGUGAGGGUGGGAUCAAGUGAGUUGUGACUACAGGGUAUAGUUUGGAAGAAAGGAUGGAUUUUGUUUACAAAUUUUUACAUAACCUAAGUAUUUACAUCUAUUCCUGUUUUCUUCUUAUACCUAUUGAUGUUGUGUUACCCGGUUAGGGAUAAUUAGAUUAAUAUGUGUUACAAUUUUAAUCAGUAUUUAUCGAUGUUUUAAAUGUUCUAUAAAUGUUAUUUACAUAGAGUAGUAAUUUUAUGUCUACAAGAAUCUCAAUAUGGAAUUGUAAUUUAAUUUUGAUGUCAAAUCUGCGAUUAAAUAAAAGGUAAAAA